AUGCCUCUCACUCCAUUGAACGGCCUCUACAGAUCCUUCAAGGCCAGACAAACUAGCAAAUCCAAGUCUGAUGAAAACGUCAAACCCACGGAAGAUCACGUCGAAGAUUCCGCAUCUGUUCUCAGCGACGCAACUACCCUGGCUCAGAGCAAGACUAGGCCCCAGAAGGGGUCCUCUUUCCAACAGGGCCCGGAUAGCAUCGACUAUGGUUCUACUCAGUACUGUAACUAUGAGGGGCAUGUCCACACGCGCGUGAUAGCGUUGGCCACAAUUUUCACGAGGGAUACGACCUACUUGGUAUAG